UUUAGAUGAGCAAUUACCAACCUGAGAGAACAUUGCAGCAGGUUGAACAGGUUAUUCUUAGAUCAGCUUUAAGGUUUGUUAAGUCUGUAUCACAGUUGAUUCAUUUCACCAGGUAGAUGUGACUCUGUGGAGUGUUUUAUGUGUUUCAUUUGUGUUGAGGCAUUGCAUUUCUUUUAAAAGGGUAGAAAGACACAAGAUAUUGGUCAGAGCCAGUGUGUAUAGGACUCCAAUACAACAACUCGUAAACACGAAGAUGAUACCAAGCAUUGGUGUCCAUAGGAGCCUGGCAUGUUUGCAUCGUGCUCUGGGUGGAGUUCGGUGGAAGAGCAGCUUCAGACAAGCCCCCCUUUUUACAGCCACUCCUGCUCGAGCCCUCAUAGAUGAACAGAUCUGCAUUAAAGGAAGUUUCCUGCGCCCUCGCUGUCCCGUCACAGUGUGUGCACAAAUGCACAGUGAUGAAGGAGACCUGUGGGAAGCAUUCGCCCACUAUAACACAGAUGCAGAUGGCACUGUCAACUUGGCCAGGGAUCAUUCAGUUGGGGGUUCAUAUUUGGGCUGUGAGCCGAUGGGGCUGUUUUGGGGACUGCAGCCGGCUCCUGGUGCAAGAGAAGGUUUAAGGCUGAGAAAGCAAAAUGUAGAGACUCCAUAUGUAGUGCAAAUGUCUUUACUUGAGGGCCACGUUACACCCAGUGAGAGACAGAGCACUGAGCUAGCUGCAGUAGCUACUGAGCGCUGGUACAUGGCACCAGGCGUACAAAGAAAAGAUAUUCGCCAGGAUGGUGUUGUCGGGACAAUGUUUUUACCGCCUGGCCCGGGUCCAUUUCCAGCCAUAUUGGACCUUUGGGGAAUGGGGGGAGGUCUGGUAGAGUACCGCUCUGCCCUUUUUGCAUCCAGGGGCUACGCGAGCUUGUCGCUUGCCUACUUCAAUCACAGAGAUUUGCCUGGACCAUUGAGACGUAUCAAUGUUGGUGAUUCAUAUUUCAAAUCAGCAUUCCAACUCCUCCAGGAUCAUCCUCAGGUCUGUGGCAACAGGAUUGGGAUCAUUGGUCUCUCCUACGGAGUCUACUUCACUCUUCGUAUGGCCACUCAGAUUGAUGUCAACCCAUCCUGUUUGAUUUGCAUCAACGGCCCAAUAGGAACUAACGUCAAGCCCUCAGAUGCAGAUGACGAGACUGAACCAACUGACAGUGGUCUGAAAUAUUGGACGUAUGAUGAUCAAGGCUAUGUAAGUUUCAGAGAAAUCUUCUUGCCUGCAAACCUUAUCCCUGAGACUAAAGUGAAGUUGGAGAACAUCACCUGUCCAUUAAUGUACAUAGUGGGUGAAGAUGACCUGAGCGCUUCAAGCAUUGAGAACGCAGAUGUGAUUGAGGAGACCCUGAAGGCUGCAGGAAAAUCUCAGUUGUUUACCCGUUUGUCGUACCCCGGCGCUGGUCACCUGAUUGAACAGCCAUAUGCACCAAACUCAAGGGUGUCUCUGUGGAUCGUCAAACCAAGAAAAAUGUUCACUCUGUGGGGAGGUCACCCUGCACCCCACGCUGCUGCCCAGGAAGAUUCCUGGAAAAAGGUCCUGGAUUUUAUGGAAAAUAAUCUGAGACGAUGAGUCUUGACACUGAAAAUAUCUCAGCAUAAAUGCAACUGUUAGAUGAUACAUGUAUCUGAGAUUUGCAUUCAGAGAAUUAGGAAAUAAAAAGAGAAAUGCUUUUUUUUCUAGCUGAAAAGGAACUCCUACAUUGAAUUACAAAAUCAUUUACAGACCAUAGUGCCUUGCUCAAAGCUCGACUGUAUUGCUCUUCCUACAACCAGAAAUUAAAAAGUAAUUCAUGGUUGUUGUGUAAUACUCUCAUUAAUUACACACAGAAUAUCCUUUGCUAUAACUCUUCAUUCAGUACUGCUGAUUAUCUGAAAUCUUUCACAGAUUAACCAUAGACAGUCUAUGGAACUAACUAGUUAACUGCAAUUUAUCCUAUCAAACCAUAAUCAUUUCUACAGGAGUGCGCCCGAGAGUAAGGUGGAUAUAAGUAUAAUUUUGUAUAUUUUUGGUAAUGUAUUAAGACACAACACUAAUUGAUGUAUUUUAUGAGAAAAGUAGUCCUGUACUGCAAAA